GUUAAUCCCCCUACAAGCGCUACGUGAGUUAUUGUGAUGUCAUUCUCCACAUCUGUGCUACAUUGAAAUGAUUCCGGCGGAAGUUUAGUGGCGAGGCCCUGUCCACAAAGAAAUGGCGAGUGGAGUCGGGAAACACAAGAGGCUGUCCGUUGGCCCGACGGAGCCGUGGUCAUUGAGGGAGAAGCUAUGCCUAGCUUCCUCUGUUAUGAGGAGCGGAGACCAAAACUGGGUGUCAGUCAGCAGAGCCAUCAAGCCUUUCUCAGAGCCAGGCCGCCCUCCAGACUGGUUCUCCCAGAAGCACUGUGCCUCUCAGUAUUCUGAGCUGCUGGAGACCACAGAGGCUCCAAAGCGUAAGCGUGGAGAGAAGGGUGAGGUGGUGGAGACCAUCGAGGAUGUGAUCGUACGGAGACUCACCGCCGAGAGGAUAGAGGAGCUGAAAAAACUACUGAGAGACACACAGGACAAAUACAGAAAGUUGAAGAAGGAGGUGGAUCUGAUCCAGACAGGACAUCUGGACUCACGGCUAGAAGAGCUGUGGACAGACAUAACACAGAAAAAUAAGCAGGAUGAGGAUGAGGCAGAUCUUAAGAGGAAGGCCACAGAGACAUCCUAUCAGGCUCGCCAAGCGGUUAAGAACACGCCCAAACGGGUGUCCAGUGUCACUAUACGCUCCCCUCUGGGUGCCAGUCCCACGGGCAUGGAGGGGGCACAGACAGACACCCCCACACCCCCAAUAGAUACAGCCAUGCCCCAGGCAGAGGAGACCCUUGGUGCCAAUAUGUCCCAGGGGGGAGCAGUGUUCCUACCGUCGUCGGAUGCUCCAAUAGCGGGGCCUAAGGAGGGAAGCCUGGGGUCUCUGGUAGACGACUCCCCACAGAAGAGGCUCCUCAGUCAGAAGUCCACGCCGCCUCCCUCCCCUCUCCUCUCAGAGCUACUGAAGAAAGGAAGCCUGAUCUCUGCUAGCCCCAUACUGGUAGUGGAGGCGGAUGCUGCUGCUGCAGGACUGGCUAACGGAGGAGUUCCUACUACAACCCCCACUAUCACAGCAGACUUUGAGGUCGCCAGCGCAGUCAAAGAGGCAGGCUCAGAGGUGGUGAAGGUGGAGGAGGACCAUGUACCUGGUUCCUACAUGGGGGAUGAGCUGGACCUGGAGACCGUGGGAGAUAUCAUCUCCAUCAUAGAGGAGAAGGUGGAUGACUCUGUGGAGGCUCUAGAUGCUGCAGCAGUGGAGGCUGCUCUCUCUCUCUGUGAGGAGGCUGUUUCUGCUGGCCACUCCCUCUCAGGCCCAUGGGAGGCCCAGGACUUGAAGACCUCAGAGCCUGGUCCUAUGGUUCAGUCUGACCCCACACAUGGGCUUCAGGCUGCGGCUGGAGCUAACCCUGGGAGCCUGGAGCCACAGACAGAGAGUGGAAGAGGGGAAGCCGAAGAGGGGAAGGACUGUGAGGGACAAGAAACAGUCCAGACAAAUGUGGUCCCUUCUGUUGUCGCUGAUGAUGGCCUGGCAGGAAGCGAGGUCACAGAGGAGGGAGUUCUGGGGGAGGAAGGAGCCCUGAGCACAGCUGUGAAGACUGAAAAUGAGGAGUGGACCCAGCCAGAACUAAACACACCCUGCCUAGACUCAGAAGACAGCUCUGGGUCAGGGAAAGAGUCCAAGGAAGUGAAGGAUGAGGAUGGAGCGAGUGACGGGGAUCCUGAUGAAGGAAUGGAGAUGAAGGAAUGUGGAGAGGGGGAGGGGCCCUACCUAUCAGAAGUAGAACCGGCAGCCAGUGAGAGCGAGGAUGGCUAUGGCCCCUCCUCCCAACGCUACACCACAGCUGAUUCGCUAGCCAGCAGCCCCGCCUCUUCCCAGUUUUCAAUAUGUGGGGAGGAUCAGGAGGCCGUUCAGGCUCAGAAGAUCUGGAAGAAAGCCAUCAUGCUGGUGUGGAGAGCAGCAGCCAAUCACAGGUACGCCAGUGUGUUCCUUCAGUCUGUGUCUGAAGACAUCGCCCCUGGUUACCACAGCAUUGUACACAGACCCAUGGAUCUGUCGGCCAUCAAGAAGAGUAUCGAGGCGGGUCAGAUCCGUACGACAGCAGAGUUCCAGCGUGACAUCAUGCUGAUGUUCCAGAACGCGGUGAUGUACAACAGCUCUGACCACGACGUGUUCCACAUGGCCUUGGAGAUGCAGAGAGAUGUUCUAGAACAUGUGCAGCAGUUCCUGGCCACUCAGCUCAUCAUGCAGACCUCAGAGUCCUCCAUCUCCACCAAGAGCCUCAGAGGCCGUGAGGGGGGUCGCAAGCCAGGGGAGUCUGUGGAGAAGGAUGGGGGCACCAGAGGGCGCCGCUGUGCUAUUGAAGCAGACAUGAAGAUGAAGAAAUAACCAGAGUCAAAAGGCAGUAGGACAAUAGAUUGCCAACAGGCCAUAGGGCUGGAGGUUUAAAGAGAGACUUGAUGCAGGGCUGCAGUCCUCGGGUAUUCUCCUCUCCAGGCCAUUUCUGAUUGAUUAUUGUGUACCAUAGUUGUGUACAGUUUAAUUAACUAACUUAAGUCUGAUUGUAUUUAAAGCCAGUACACUAGAUAUCCAGACAUCAUAUGAUUCUCAUUGAUAUUUGCCACUGGUAAACAGCAGACACUGCAGCCCUGGAGGACUGAAUCUGUUUUACAACUGCAGUAAUACUAAAGUACUAGUGACUGACUUGGGGCCCUGUUGUUUUGUGUAUAGGAUGUAGCCAACUGCAAAAUAUCCUUCAAGGAAUCAUGAUCCCAGUGUCCACACACUGAUUGGUAGAAUCAACAUCGUUUCAAUAUAAUUUGUCAAUGUGUUGUAACGUGGAAUCGAUACUGAACAAAAAUAUAAACGUGACAUGCAACAAUUCCCACCCCACAUGAUCCCGCAGGUCUGGUGAAGAAGCUGUAUGUGGUGGUCCUGGACUGACGUGGUUAUACAUGAUCUGUGUAACCACGGUUGUACUGACAUAUUCUCUAAAACGAUGUUGGAGGCGGCUUAUGUUAGAGACAUUCAGCUCUGGUAGACAUUCCUGCAGUCAGCAUGCCAAUUGCGCGCUCGCUCAGCACUUGACAUCUGUGGCAUUGUGUUGUGAUAAAACAGCACAUUUUAUAGUGGCCUUUUAUUGUCCCCAGCACAAGGUGUACCUCUGUAUUGAUUGUGCUGUUUAAUCAGCUUCUUGAUAUGCCACCACCUGUCAGGUGGAUGGAAAAUUAGAAAUAUUCACUAACAAGGAUGUAAACAAAUUUGUGCACAACAUUUGAGAGAGAGAAUCUUUUUGUGGGUAUGGAAAAUUUCUGGGAAAUUUCAUUUCAUGAAACAUGGGACGAACACUUUACAUGUUGCGUUUUAUAUUUUUUGUUCAGUAUAUUUGGAAAAUUCCAUAGAAAUAAGAGUGAAGAGAACAGGCUUGGAACCUCUAACCCUGGCAAUUAAUUAACUGGUUAACUCAUGUGUAUACUCUCAAUGGCUGCCUAGUAUUGUGAUGCAAUAAUUGCCAUGGUAUUUUGGAAUGUUCUAUUGACUGAUGCUGGAUUGCCAUGGUAAUGUAGAAUGUUCAUUCAAAUGAUUCUAACUAAUGUGGCUCAUGGAAUGUAUUUUUUGUAAUAUCAAUUGAGUUAACUCAACAAAUCACAGCACAGAUUGAAAGGUACACUUCCUGUUUUUACGUCCUGGCAUUGGUACACCCAUUAUGCCAUCAUUGACUUGGAGACGCCCUUUCUAUUCAUUCUUAUUUCUAUGGAAAAUACAUUGGAUUUGCAAAAAGUAAUCAACUGUUGUUUUGAGGGUGAAUUUUCAACCACAGAAUUAUGUCAUCGUGGUAACCAAUUUUGCACAUAGAUUAACCGUGUAUAAAAUGUUUAAUUUGAAACAAUGUCUGAUCUUCAAUGUUAUGUCCACUAUCCGUUUAAAAAAAAACAAUAGACUAGGCAGCAGCAACUACUGGAGAGUUGGUCUACACAGCUAUCCAUUUGGUCUCCCAUCCAGAGUUUUAACCAAGCCCAGCUUUGAUAUUUGUCACUGACUAACAAUGUGCUAUCAUGAGAAAUGUAUUAUUGAGAGAUCUCUUAACUGCAUAAUUGACUGUUGCUAUCAAAGUCAUUCCAAAGGAUAGGUUUAACAGAGCAAAUUAAGUAUAACCAUACUCCUAUAAUUAAUAUCAAUAAUAUUUAGUCCUAUAUAGCCUUUGCAAAGUCAUCAACAGCUAUUGUUUCAAUUCAACCCAGAAUUCAACUAAAAAUAAACAAUACAAUAGGUUUAGGAGUUCAAGCUCUGGUUGAUUUCAUGUCUCCAUUUCAACCAAAAAGUUAAUAGGACUAAAUCAAAUCAAACUUUAAAUAGUUUAAUUUGAUUUAGUCCUUUUUAAUGUUUUAGUUGAGUUGGAGACGUGAAUCCAACAUAUCAAUUAUUAAUUGGUAGACAAGUCAGUGGCACAAAAUAUACAUCUCCUUCAAAUGUUUAUUUGGUUGCGUUGACAACCAAACCUAAUUCAAUAUCACUUUUGCAAUACAGUGAAAAGCCUAUUAACUUGAUGAGUUAACAAAUCAUGCUGGAUUCUCCCAAAAAAUCUAGAUAAAUAGAUUAAACUAUCCAAGCAGUAAAUCCAUCUCUUAAAUGUUGAUAUUUGGUUGAGUCACAAUGCGAUAUGACUUUUGUAAUACUGUAAAUAGCCUAAAGCUAAAAGACUCUUACAAACUAAUGUAACAUUUUUUAUUCAACCUUAAAAUGAGUAGCACAUCCAUGGCCACAUUGAGGUUACUAUAACUAUCAAUGUCUUACAUAAUCACAGAGAGCCUUAAUGUUCCAGAUGGCAUGCGAAGGUCGCAGGUCUGUAGAGAUCAUAAUAUAAAACAUCUGUGUUGAACUUUAUGUACAGUUUAGUUUCACAUUUUAGUUUGUUUUGCUCAACUGUUUAGAGAUUAGGAGAAUUGAAAACAAUGGGAAUGUCAGUCUAAAUUUUGACAGACCCAAGUUGAGACCUUCAGGUCUUGGGUAUGAAGUGUAGACAUUGAAGUUUGACAGCUCUAAUGAUUAAAAGAGUGGCAACACUGAAAAGGAUACUGUGCAAAAACAUUUUUUCACUUUAACAAUACUGCAAGACAAACAUUUGCACACAGGGUUAGGGGCAAUACCAGCUUGUUUUCCCUCUGCUUUCACAUCCAACGUGAGGUUUCCAUGGUUUUACUAAAUAAUCCUAGAAUUGUUGCACAACAAAAUAUGUGCAUAAACAAAAACUGGCUGUUAUUAUACAGAUGUAGGAUCUUCAUUUGAGAACCAUGCAAUGCAGACAAUGUUCUACUUGUAUUGUAUUUGAGGUUCAAAAUUACUUCUGAAGUUUAAUUCCCACUUUGAAAUUUUAGAUAUGAUUUUCUCUUAUGAAAAAUAUAUCAACCCUUACAAAACUGUCCAUAAAUUAUAAUUAACAUAAUUCACAUGUCCUGUUGCUGCAGGAUUAUUUCCCUGCUACAGCAAACUGGCUCAAAUGAGGAUCCUACAUUUGUGCAGAACUAACACAUUUCACCCCCUGCUAGAACCAGCAAGGUAACAUGCAUUCUGUGCUUUUUUU